AUGUAUCUUCACCCGUCGGUUUUACCACAAAUUUGCGAAUUGGUUUACCCCUAUACUCCCCCCAAAGAGCCAUGUCAUCUGGCACCUAUCGCAACAUGGGCCGACCGGAUCAGAGGGCUUGGUCAAUAUCGCUGGGCGGCCCCAUUCCAUUACGUUGGAGGGCUAAAUGACUGGCCACCAAGUAACUGUGUGUUCGGAGAGGAAGGUUGGGAAGGAAAGGACGGUGUAAACGUCCUCGGGGGUAUAUGGAAUACCACACGCUGGCUGAAGGACGGGAAUAGGAACCCAGGUGAAGCUGUCAAGUUCCUCAUCCAUUUCCUUGGGGAUUUGCACAUGCCACUGCACCUAACGGCAAGAGAGCGAGGCGGCAACAAUAUCAAGGUUCAUUUCCACCACCGUAUCACCAAUCUUCACAGCGUUUGGGAUGGCCGUCUUAUAUCCAAUGCUAUUCUCGAUACUCCCCACAACUAUACCCGGCCUUUACCGUCCCCGCAAAUUGAGAACGCCUUACGAGGGGCAAUCUACGACCCUUACAUCCGGUCCAUUUUAUGGGAAGGCCUAACUCAUCAAUGGAAAGACGACUUGGAGGAAUGGAUAUCUU